GGCGGUACACACGGAUUGCGCGGAUACUUUAGAUUUGUUUACCGAUUUGAGACUGAAGUGUAGUGUGAAGUGAAAUUCCACUUUCUUCUUUGGCUCGGAAGGGAAUUAAAUGUCGAAUAAAAUGAAGUUUCCAAAUGUUUGGUGUGUAUAACAUGACUGAGGAACAGACUGCACACUUCUGUCUUCAGGUUAAAGCACGGAAAACUUCCCUCAGUUUCCUGUUAAAUCAGUGCUACUGCAGGAGAUGUAGUGAGCUGUUUGGAUCUGAGGCAGCAGGACACUACAAGUGCACGUACUUGUGAAUAAUAACACUGAAAACAAAGACGUUUUUUUGAGCUUGUGAUGUGUUAUUAAAAUGAUCUGUUCAUCAUAAGGGACACAUCUCUGAACAGGGAAGAAGAAGAAGACUGAUAUCCGUAUGGAAAUGACUACCAGUCGCUGGAGACGCUUGAACCUCCUGACUCAUUUAUCGCACAGUUGAUCAUUUGGUGACUUCGAGGAUAUCUUUAAGCGCACUCAGAAGAUGGAGACGUGUCAAGAUGACUUGCUGCAGCAGCUCAGAAAACUUUCCCUGUCAGAGCAAGAAGCAAAAAUGAAGGUGGAGGAGCGUGAAGCUCAGAUACAGGAUCUCCAGGACACGAUCACAGAGCUCCAUAAGGAGAUAUCCCUGAAGGACCAGGACAAACUCAGGCAGCUUCAGCAGCUUGUCCAGCUUGAAACCAGGGUGAAGGAGCUCACACAGGAGUUACAGAGCUCAGCACAGACCAUCACUCAGCUCAGACACGAGGCCAGAGACAGAGCUGCGAGCACCGGUGUGUUACACAGAGAUAUGUCUGGAGAUCAUGGAGCAGAAAGAGGACUAGAACUGUUGAAGAGUGAGUUGACACAUCGUGACUCGUGCAUCCAGAAGCUCCAGCGAGAUCUGCUUCUGUCUCAUCAGGCCCGCGAUUCCCAGAGUGCUCAGCUGGACGUCCAGGAGCAGAGGCUGUGGGAGCUGCAGAGGGAGCUGCUGGAGAAGCAGCAGGAGCUGCGGAGAGGACACGACCGCCUCCAGCAGCUCAGCACCGAGCUCCAGAGCACGACGAGGAACGCUCAAGAGCUGCAGGGUCAGCUGCGUGAGGCGAGAACACGUCUGGUCCGGGUGGAGGCUGAGAACGAAGCUCUGCUGGGAUCUAAACGUCUGCAUGCAUCCGAGGUGGAGAAGCUCAGUGCUGAACUGUGCUCCGUACAGAGAGGAAGUGAUGAAGAGCAGGAGACUGAGAGGAAGGUCAGGGAGCUUCGGGCAGAGCUGUCAGCCACUCGGGCUCAGCUUAGCGACUGCCGAGACGCGACUCAGGAGGCUCAGAAGAGGGCAGAUGAACAGAUCCAGCAGCUGCAGGAGGAGGUGUCCAGGCUGAAGCUGCAGCACCAAUGCGUCAAUCAGCAACUGCAGGAGUGCAGCCUGAAGCUGCAGAAUGUACAGAAGGCCCACACCGAGCUGCAGGUUCGAGACAAAGAGUGCCAGAGAGAGCUGAGGCGCAUCAGAGAGGAGCUACACAACGCCACCCUGAGGGCAGAAGAGCAGCGUUUGAAAGAGGUCCAGAUUGAUGAGCUCCAGCGGGAGGUUGACAGGAUGCUGGCCUUGCUGGAGAAAGACAGAGAGGACCUCAGUCAGGACGAGGAGGUAGAAAGACUGAAGGACGAACAGAUGCGACUCCAGGACAAGCUUGAGGAGCGUGAGGACAGUGUAGUCGCUCUGAGGCUGGAGGCUGAGUCUCUCAGACAGAAACUGCGUACCCGUGAGCAGGAAGUAGCCGACCUGUGCCGGCAGCUCAUGGAAUCCCAGGAUGCACUGCAGCGGGUGACCAAUGAGCUCAGGAGUUCUCAGAGAGAGCUCAGAGAAAGGAAGGCUGAGAGAGGAGGACAGGAGCAGAGAGAGAUGGAGCUGAAGACCGAACUGAACCAGUUACAGCACCAGUAUACCAGCUGCUGCUCCCAGCUGGUGGAGGAAGAAGCGCUGGUGUCCAGUCUGAGGAUUGAGCUACAGCAGGCUGAAGGACAGAGAGAGACGCUGAUGUCUCAGCUGCACGAGCAGGAACAUCAGCUCCAUCUGCUCACAGAGAAACAUCACGCAGCUCAGCAGGAGGUGGCCCACAGAGACGACGCCAUGCUGAAGUUAACCGCUGAACUUAGUGUUGCUCAGGAACGUCUGGUCUCCGCACACAACGAGCUCGCAGGCCAGGCUGAGGAGGUCACGACUUUGGAGGAGAAAGGGAGAAGAUUACAGAAGCUUCUAAACCAGAGAGAGGAGAAGCUCGAGGAGGAAAAACAACAAAAUGUUCAGCUGCGUUUAGAAAAAGAAAAUCUCCAAACGCAGUGUGAGAGCCAGCGGGAGGCGCUGCGAGAGCUCAGUGCCGAGGUACAGCAGUGGAAGCAGGAGGCACAGGGCCAAAGGGAGAGCCGGGAGAAGGAGGUGCUGGAGCUGAGGAGUGAGCUGCAGGAGGAACAGAGUCGCCUCCAUGAGCACAGAGCCAAUCUGGAGCGUCUGCACAGAGACCUGGCGGUGACGCAGAGACAGCAGAGAGACACCGAGGACGAGGUUUCCCGUAAGGAAGCGGCUCUGCGCUCUCAGGACUCAGAGCUGACUCGGCUGAGGGCCGAUCUACUCGCGGCUCAGAGACGGGCGUCAGACUCGGAGGCCCGGCUGCAGCCACUCAGCGAGUCCGUACAGCUUUACAAGCAGAAAUACCAGACCUGCAUGAGCAAGAUCUCAGAGCUGGAGAGCAUGCUGAAGAGCCACGAGGACGACCGGAGGCAAAGCAGAGCUCAGGUGGUAGAGCGGGAGGAGCAGGUGGUGCGUCUGCAGGCGGAGAUCGUGGCUCUACAGGGCGAUGUGGAGGCGCGCUGCGCUCAGCUGGAGAGCGGGGACGAGGCCCUGACCGCACUGAGCCGGCGGCUGAGAGACACGCAGAGGGAGCUGGAGAUAAGCCACGCCCACACACAGGAGUGUGAGAUGGUCAUUGACACACUCCGAGACAACGUGGCCAACCUGCGACAUCAGGUGGAAGAGAAGGAGGAAGCGGCACUGAAGCUCCAGUCUGACUUCUCUCUCUACAGGGCGACUCACAUGCGCUCAGACUCCGACUACCAGUCCCAAAUUUGUCGCAUCCGCGAACUGGAACAGGCCCUGGAGCACUCUGGAACCUGUCACUCAGAGCUGGAGAAGCUCAAAGAGGAAGCUCAGUCACAGAAGCAGCUCAGAGAUGGCAGCCUGGCAGAGGUGCGAAGGCUGCAGGAGUUGAUGAGGAAGCUCCAGGCUGAUGCUGUGUGUGAGGCUCAGAGCAGACAGGCUGACGUAGACAUGAUGGAGCUCAGAGUCACAGAACUGGAGGAACAACUAGAGGCAGCUCGUAGGCAGUGUGUACAGAAAGAGCAGGCCGUGCAGAAAAGAGACGCGCUCCUGAGGCAGUCUGAGGCAGACCUGGUCCAGGCACGGGAUAAGAUUCGAGGCAAAGCGGCGGAGACAGAGAGGCACGUUGCCACCAUUCAGACUCUACAGGCAGACCUGCGGCAGGCCAAGAAAGAAAAGAGAGAGAGGGAGAACGAGUGCGGCAAGCUCCGCACACAGCUGCUGCAGAUCCGUGAUGAGCUGAAGGAAGUCCGGAGCAGCUGCAGAGACAGCGUGCACGAACUGGCUCGUCAUGAGGAGAAGGUGCUGCUUCUGGAGGGCGGGCAUCAGCGGGCGCAGGAGCAGCUGGCAGAGCGAGUAGCCGAGGUGGUCAGGGCUGAACAGACACAGAGGAGGCUUCAUGCUGAGCUCAGUAGAGUCCAGCGGAGACUGGAAUCCAGCGAACAGGAGCUCCAAGACUGCAAGACUCAGCUGGAGCAGGUGAAGCUGGAGGCGGGCAGCAGCAGACAGGUUCUGCUCAGUGCCCAGCAGGAGGCCUUACGGCUGCAGCAGGAGAACCAGGAGCUUCAGGAGGAGCUGAGCAGCACUAAAGAGACCUUAACACACAUUCAGGAGCAGCUGAAGGAACACUCGGUCACCGUGCAGGCUCUGCGUGUGGAGCUGGAACAGGAACAGACUCGGCAGCAAGAACAACUGGACUGGGUACAGAGGACACGUCAGAGAGAGAUCAGCCUGGAAACUGAGAGAAAUCAGCUCAAAACUGACCUGGAAACAGUCAGAAACCAGCUACAGGAGCAGUUGUGUGAGCUACACAGCACCACCCUCAGGCUGCAGGAGGAAGAGGCAGAUAAGCGUACACAACUGCAGGAGAGAGAUGCUCGCAUCGAGACUUUCAGCCAAGAGUUAUCUGAGCGUAGUCAGGAGGUGACACUCUUGCAGCAGCGUCUGCUCCAGCAGGAAGAGAGAAACACAGAGCUGAGUACAGAACUGCAGCAGCUGCGCAGUCACAACCACCUCUGUCAGGACGAGACUCGGGCGCUCGAGACGCGUCUGGUGGAGUUAAGCGGCCAGCUGGGACGCGCUCAGCUCUGGGGUCAGCAGCAGCUCAUCACCCUGGAGUCCAGAGAGGAGGAACUGGUGCUCCUGAAGGUGGAGGUGGCCUCCCUUAGAGAAAACUACCACUCUAAAGUAGCUCAGUUGGAAAGCUCACACGCUGAACUGGACUCUGUAGAACAGAAGCUCAGGGCGUCUGUGAGUGAGGUGGAGGUGUUGAGGCAGGCGUUGAGCGACGCCCGGACCGACAGCUCCCGUCUGCACAGAGAGAGCGAGUUGGUGGUCACCAACGUCAACCAGUGGGUCAAAGAGCAAAAGCAGGCCAACGAGAAGCUCGGCCUCAAAAUCAGGGACCAGAGCAAGAGGAUCAUCCACCUGACAGCUGAAAAGGAUCAUCUGCAGGAGAACGUGGAGAAGCUACAGGCCGAGAUCCGGAGGUUGAGGACGGAGGUCGAUGAGCAAAGAAUGAAGGCAGAGAGAUACGAGGCGUUUCGGCCCCCGAGCGUAAACGAGCAGCCGCACGGCCGUCAGCCGCCCGCACUAUCAGGAAUGUUCAGUCAUCAGCACGAGACCGUGAGCAGAGAGAAGCGUGCGGCGGUGCGUCAGGGGCGGAGCUGAGGCGUGUGUGUGCGGAGCCGCGUGCGGCUCCUGUUUCUCUGCUGAAGGGCACUAGAGAGAAGCUCCCUACGUAGGGCACAUCGCUCAACGUAUCUCAAUAUCUCAGGGAUUCUCUGUGACACUCAGACACUCCUUUAAAAAGUCGUCCAGGAUUGAUGGAGAGAAUAUCGGACUAGAACUGAUGGAGAAUUGGUUUUGUUUAUAUCUCUGUUUAUUUAAGAAACCUGUUCAACUUGAAUAAUAUCGUGACACUGUGAUCGACGCCGUACGGUAAAAGAGCGUCAGGUGCCGAGUGUCAGUGUGUGUUAAUCGUCCUGAACCUUGUUGUGCUCAGAGGUAAGUGAAGAUACGGCAGCCGUUAUCGAGGCUUCCCUGUGUUUGUUCGCUGCCGUGAUAUUUAAUGUAAUAUUUUUCUUGACAUUUCAGCAUUUGUCAUAAAUUUCUCUGAGGAUUUCAGAUGAAAACUUUUUAAACCUGCAGGGAUUUGAAACCUUAAGGAAAGGAUUUGAAAAACACCCUCUGUUUUUAACCUCUCAUCUUUCUUUACAAUGCAGCACUCUGUUUGUCUGAACAUCAAUCCAGCAGUGUGUGUGUGUGUGUGUGUGUGUGUAUAUGUGUGUAUGUGUGCAUGUGUGUGUGAAUGUGAAUUUGAGUGUGUGUAUGUGUGUAUAUAUCUGUGAAUGUGAAUUUGAGUGUGUGUGUCUGUGUGUGUAUAUAUGUGUGUGAAUGUGUGUGAAUGUGAAUUUGAGUGUCUGUGUGUAUAUGUGUGUGUGGGUGUGUGUGUGUGUGUGAAUGUGAAUUUGAGUGUCUGUGUGUAUAUGUGUGUGUGGGUGUGUGUGUGUGUGUGAAUGUGAAUUUGAGUGUGUGUGUAUAUGUGUGUGAAUUUGAGUGCGUGUGUGUAUGUAUUUGUGUAUAUCUGUGUGUGUGUGAAUGUGAAUUUGAGUGUGGGUCUGUGUGUGAAUGUGAAUUUGGGUGUGUGUGUAUAUGUGUGUGAAUGUGAAUUUGGGUGUGUGUGUGUAUAUGUGUGUGAAUGUGAAUUUGGGUGUGUGUGUGUAUAUGUGUGUGUAUGUGUGUGUGAAUGUGAAUUUGGGUGUGUGUGUAUAUGUGUGUGUGUAUGUGUGUGUGAAUAUGUGUGUGUGUAUGUGUGUGUGAAUGUGAAUUUGGGUGUGUGUGUAUAUGUGUGUGUGUGUGUGUAUGACCUGGGUUUUGUGUGAUGUUUAGUUUGUUCACGUCACUGUGGUGUGUAACGAGUCUCUCUGUAGCUCCCAGCUGGUCCAGACGUAACCACACUUUCUCUGAUCUCAGCACGAGGAACCGAAUCUGUUCAACCAAAAUCAAUAAACACAACUCUCCUUCACCCAGAACACAAAACACACCAAUAAAUCUGUCUGUGGGAAAAGUGCUGAGUUUAAGGCUUUAACUGUUAAACAUCUACAAUCACUGUCACUUAUAGAAUAAUAAUAAUAAUCAUCAUCAAUCAUCAUCAUCAUCAUCAUCAUCAUUUCAAAAGGUUCAGUCUGCAGCACCACCAAGCUGCAAUAGUGGGGCCCUUGAGCAAGGCCCUUAACUCUCUCAGCUCCAGAGUGACCUCAGCUUUCAAACAAACAAUGUUACUGUGCUGUAAUGUGACACAUGAAGCAAAAUAAAAUUGCAAUUU